CAAGACAAGAACUAGGCUUGGUGAAUAGGUGUGGCAUUUCAAGUUUUCAGUUUGCAUUUAUUUAUUUAAAUAACCGAUAAUAUAUCUUACAUAUCACGGUAAUCAAUGUUACAAGUUCUGAAGUGUGUUUAGCUUUGCAUUUUGUGUAUUCUAGUCGCUUGAAUCUUUCACAAACAUUAACUUACAUGUAAUUUAGGGCGUCAGCCGUUUGUAAAGUGUAACAAGUGAAUAUUCAUCAUGUAUGGCCGGAAAACUCCGUCUACUUACCGGUCCACGCCUUCAGUGUAUUCCCACUAUACUACCAAGUCUUCAACAAAUCUCCGUUCUACAAAGUCCGUCCGCUCCCUGCGGGUGCCAUGGUAUCAGAAGCCAAUACUGCAUGAUGCCUUCGUUCUGGACCUACAAAGAGGUUCCUUGCUGGCUGCAUCUCUGUCUGUGUUCAUUGCCUUGUUCACAUUCGCACAAAGCAUCUUCGACCUGUACUGCCUAGGCAUGGCCGCGCCAGGCUCCGUACACUACGGAUAUUAUGCCUUCAGCUUCCAGUUUGUCUAUGUCGGUAGUGCCCCUGUUCGCAACGUGUUGAUAAUAUUCUCGCUUUUCUCGUGGCUGGGGUCAGUGGCCGUGCUGGUCACUGGGAUCGUACUCAUCAUAGCUCUGAGAAAGGAGCACGAAAAGCGCAUAGCCCCCUGGCUGUACACGUUCGGCGUGUUCAUCCUGUUCCGUCUUGUGGCUUUCAUAUUCGCCGCCAUCGUGAACGACAUGAUCUUCUCGUACAACGCGCUCAUGUGUGUGUGCUGGGCCAUUUUCGUGGUAGCCGGCUGUUACGGCUGGCUGCUGGUCUAUAGCCUGUACUUGGAGCUGUGUGAUUUGACUAAAUUGGAAGAUCUGGCGCAUUUAAGGAUGGGUACCAUGGCUUCCCUGAACGCGUCCCUCGCCGGCUCCCGCCCCACCACCCCCCACAGCGCAGUCUCCACUAUGCCCGCCUCGCAGAUCUGAUACACACACACACGCUCACACGCUGACCAGAAAGCUAGUACCGAGAAAACUGACCAGAAUAUUGGGCUAACUCACGAGCAGAAAAGUGGGCUAACGAACAGUGAUACGCAGAAAACUGGGCUAAGUCUUACAUUUACGGAUGAUACGUUGAAAGAUAUUACGGAGGAGAGUAGCGAUGAAGGCACGCCGCUGCCAGUUGAAAGGUAUGAGACUAUAGU